UGGGGUAAAACCAUAGCUUAUUCCAGUUCAGGGAGGGAAAUGAACCUGUCCCGAAGGGACGGCCUGCAGCCCAGGGCUGCCCCGGGAAAGCAUCACAGCACCACAGACACCAAAUGGGCCCUGCCUACGCUGCCAGCUCCUCCCCAGCACGUGACGUUUAAAAAGUAUUUCACACAAUUCAAAUACAACCAUCCAGUAGAAACCGCGGGUUCGAAAGCUUGACCAGCCUGUGCUCCCCGGCGGGGUGUGCAACCCACAUACGGCGAGACGAAGACCGAGGGACAACGGUUCUCAAGUGGCCUCUGUGCAUGGCGGUUUGUGGUGAUGCGGCCGUGUCCCACCCCGGAGGUAGUUGGCUCUCAAGGGCAAGUGACUUUAUUCUGAGUCAGGGCUGGAUCUUAUCAAACCGUGGCUCCCAGGCUGUCUGGACUAUGUGCAGGCCAGAUGGCAAAGUUGGGCUGGAGACCGGACUGUGGGGUUGAGAGGCCAAGCAGAGUUCUCUCUCUCCUAAUCACUGCCCCAUUUCCUCCUGCCCCUCGCCAGCUCCCUCCCUCCGCCUUGGCCCCCAUCUGUUCCUUACAGCCAUGCCCCCCACCCCUGUUUUCCACCCUUUCUCCCCAAGUCCUCAUGUUUUCACCCUCAUGUUCUCCCUCUCUGCUACCCUAGUCCUCUGCAGCCCCCAAUCUACCUUCUGUACCCUCUCAAGUGCCUGCCUGGAUGUCACUAAAGGGCACCUCUCAAUUUUUAAAAUUCGGGAUCAUCAGUAGACACAUCUGUUUACUCAGGUUGGUAAGACACCUGCGGAUAGACCAUCCAGCUCCAGAGGGCACAAGAACAGCCAGACUGGGUCAGGCCAGUGGUCCCUCUAGCUCAGUGUCCUGUCUCCUGACUGGCGCCAAUUGCUUCAGACAGAAUGAACCCAACGGGCUUCAGUGGAGUGGAGUGUGGUGACUUGGUUGGAGCUGCAGAGUCUCCUGCGCUGGGCUGGAGAGAAGCCAGGACCCCCACCCCACUUCACGCCCUCCUCAUCAUGCGGGAAAGGAGGAGUCCUCAGCCAGCUGUGGCCAGGUGUAAGCUAGUCCUGGUGGGGGAUGUGCAGUGCGGGAAAACUGCCAUGUUACAGGUGCUGGCGAAAGACUGCUACCCUGAGACCUAUGUGCCCACGGUCUUCGAAAACUACACUGCCUGCCUGGAGACAGAGGAGCAACGCGUGGAGCUGAGCCUGUGGGACACCUCGGGGUCCCCGUACUACGACAAUGUGCGUCCUCUCUGCUACAGCGACUCUGAUGCCGUCCUGCUCUGCUUUGAUGUGGGCCGCCCUGAGACCAUGGACAGUGCCCUGAAGAAGUGGAAGACAGAAAUUCUGGACUAUUGUCCCAGCACCCGGGUCCUGCUGAUUGGCUGCAAGACAGAUCUGCGGACUGACUUGAGCACCCUAAUGGAGCUGUCCCACCAAAAGCAGGCGCCCGUCUCCUAUGAGCAGGGCUGUGCUGUGGCCAAGCAGCUGGGAGCAGAGAGCUACCUGGAGUGCUCCGCCUUCACAUCGGAGAAGAGUGUGCACAGCAUCUUCCGGACAGCAUCUGCCAUCUGCCUGAGCAAGGCCGGCCCCCCGGCUCCCAAGAGUCCUUCCUCCUUCAAGAAGGAGAAGGCUAAAAGCUGCUCCAUCAUGUGA